GAGAGUCUUGUCAUGAUGGCUUGUGUUUCUGUUUUCAUACAGUGUGUUGUGAGUGUAGUGUAGACGUUUCUCCUCCUGUAGUGUACUUUAAUGUGUUUUUACAGUCGUGUCAGUGUCUUAUAGAACAGUAUUCUAAUUUUCUGUGUUUAUGUGCUGAAAUGAGUGAUGUUGUGGAGAAAACCCUCAUUGCUCUGCCCGGUUUAUUUGAUUCACAAACUGGAGCCGCAAAAAUCACCAACAGAUUAAAACAACUGAUCAAAAGCAUCACUGAGCUGACGUCUAAACAUGAGGAAGAGAAUCUUAUUAAGCAGGAGCUGACAGCCAUGAAAGAGCAGGUGUCAUCACCCAACACCACCAUGAAGCAGAUGAGAGAGAUCAUGGUGCGUGCCAUGUACUGUGAGAUGUUGGGCUACGACGCCUCGUUCACGUAUAUCCACGCCAUCAAACUGGCCCAGCAGGGCGGCGUCCUGGAGAAGAGAGUGGGUUACCUUGCAGUGUCACUUUUCCUUAAUGAGGGCCACGAAUUGUUGUUACUGCUUGUAAACACAGUAUUAAAGGAUCUUCAGAGCACCAACCUCAUUGAAGUGUGCAUGGCUUUGACUGUUGUCGCUCAGGAGUUUCCCAAAGACAUGAUACCUGCUGUGCUUCCACUGGUGGAGGAGAAAUUGUCACAUCCAAAGGAAAUCAUUAGGAGGAAAGCUGUCCUGGCGUUGUAUAAGUUCUACCUGAUCGCUCCGAAUCAAGUCCAGCACAUUCACGGCAAGUUCCGAAAGGCACUGUGCGAUAAAGAUCCAGGCGUCAUGACAUCAUCCUUACACAUUUACCUUCAGCUGAUCAGGGAGAAUCCAGACAGCUAUAAGGACCUGACGGGCAGUUUUGUGACCAUCCUGAAGCAGGUGGUGGGGGGGAAACUCCCAAUAGAUUUUAAUUAUCACAAUGUUCCAGCGCCAUGGCUGCAGAUCCAGUUACUCCGAAUCCUCUCGCUGCUUGGGAGAGAGGACCAAAGCACCAGCGAACUGAUGUAUGAAGUUCUGGAUGAGUCUUUGCGAAGAGCUGAAAUGAAUCACAACAUUACUUAUGCAAUUCUAUAUGAGUGUGUGAAGGCCAUCUACACCAUACAACCAAAAGCCGAGCUGUUGGAAAAAGCUGCGAGAUGCAUUGGAAACUUUGUUCUUUCUCCAAAGAUCAACCUUAAAUAUCUGGGUUUGAAAGCUUUGACGUAUGUUGUCCAGCACGAUGCUAAACUGGCUCUGCAGCAUCAGAUGACCAUUAUAGAGUGUCUGGACCACUCAGAUUUCACGAUUAAGAGAGAGACUCUGGAGCUUCUGUUCAGGAUCACAAACGCUCAGAAUGUGAUGGUGAUUGUGGAGAAGAUGUUGGACUUCCUGCGCGUCUGUAACGAUGACCACACCGUCAUUCAUCUCGUUGGAAAAGUUGCAGAGCUAGCUGAGAAGUUUGCUCCAGAUAACUCGUGGUUCAUUCAGACGAUGAAUGAUGUUUUUUCCAUCGGAGGAGACCUGUUGCAACAGGACGUCCCAAACAACUUCCUUCGAAUGAUGGCAGAAGGCUCAGAGUCGAUGGAGGAGGACGAGCAGUUACGACUGUAUGCUGUCGAAUCGUAUCUGUCCGUACUGAAUGGAGAUUGUUCUCAUCUGCCACAGCGUUUCCUACAGGUCAUGAGUUGGGUUCUUGGGGAAUACUCUCACCUCCAAGAGGAUCUGGACCCGCGAGAAGUCAUUCAUCUACUAAUGAAACUACUGGAUCAUAGAAGGGUGAGCUUGGAGACACGGGUCUGGCUUCUGUCUGCUCUCACCAAGCUUUGUGAGGGCCACACAGACCUGAUUCUGGACCUGUCUGAGAGUCUCUCCUCCUCACAGGACACGGUUCUCCGUCAGCAGGCCCAUGAGCUGCGUCUCCUCAGCCAGGACUCGCAGAUUCAUGGGUGGGCACUGCCCCGUGGAGCCACCUGGGACAGUAUGGAGGUUGACUCCUCUCUGUCGUUUCUGGAUGGGUUUGUGUCAGAGGCGCUGGCAGCAGGAGCUGCUCCAUAUAAACCUCCUCAUCAGAGACAUGAAGAGUUGUGUGAGGAGAGAGCAUUGAGUCUGGAGCCGUAUGUUUUUUCCCUUCCUGUAAGUUUAUCAUCAUGUAGCAUCACUGACAGACAAUCUCCCACACUACCGUCUGUCACUUCAGAACUGUCAGACAACAGCACAGACCUCUUGCAGAAGGCAGGUUCCAGUGCACUGAUUUUUGAAGGGGUAAAGAGAGUGUGGGGGAAAGAUGGUUAUUUGCCUCAAAAAGAAACAACAGGAAUAGCGCCUCCAGUGGAAGAGUCUAGCACUGCAGUUCUGGCCCCUAUACAGCAGAGGGCAGCAGAGAUGUUAGAGCCACAGCCGGAGCCCUUGCAGCAAAACCAGGAGAAACAGCAGCUGGCGUCGUCUUUAUUUGUUGGUUUAGGGGCCCAGAGCUCCAUGUCUCUGCUAGGAAAAUCGGAAGCCCCGCCUCCUCGCUUUAGAAGAAAGCCACGCCUACAUGACUCAUCAUCAUCAUCAAGCACCAGCGAGAAGUCGUCUGAGUCCUCCCACUCAUCACGCAGCACAGCCGACAGCUUCCUGUACGGCAACCUGCUGGAAGAGGAGCCCGCCACGUCAAUAUCCUCUUUUAACCACGCACCUAAAUCUGCGACAGCCAAUCACAGCCAAGCCAAUGGCCUUGGACAAAACAAAGACAUUGUUUCCAUGGAAGCAGACAGACAGGCAAACACAUCUCAGAUAUUGGGCAGCGAUAUGGUUAUAGUGCGGCCCAACAAACUACAGGAUAGAUAUCCUACACGUGUGGUUUCAGAUCUAUCCACACUGAUACCCUCUGACCUGAAAGACCUACCUCAUUCUGAUGUUAUCAGCUUGACCUCUGACCCCAGCCUGUCUCUCUCGUCCUGUCGUGUGUUUAAAGACGAAGCUUUGCUGCUUGUGAUAUUUAUUUCUAACUGUACAGAAACUACAAUCAAAGACGUUGCUGUGCAGCUGAACUGUGGAGAGCUAGAGACGGCAAGUUUGAGAGGGAAUGUGAUGGACUAUUUGGAGGAGAACAGUACGUCAGUGUGUCAUUACACUUUGCUGAUGAACGACCCUCAAACACAGGUGUCCUUUACUGGGACUGUCUCUUACCAAACACAGCCAGGACACACCAACACACUCAUGUUCUCUGGGACGCUCUCCACCGUUGACUUUAUCAGGCCUUUGGUUGUAAGCACUGAGGAAUAUGGGAAAAUGUGGCUGUCCUUCUCUCACGAUGUCAAACAGAAUCUGAAACUGCUGACAGAUGCUGGUGAUUCGCUCAGAUCCACACUAAAUGUUGUUAAAGAGACACUUCAGCUGCACAUUGUGGAUAUCAUUGGUUCGGAGGGAAUUGUAGCGUGCCGUCUGCUCAGUGGCGCCCCCUGUCUUCUGCACUGCAGAGUGAACGGUGAAGCACUGGCCGUGUGGCUGCGCUCUUCUUUGCCUGCUCUCCCAGACUGCAUCCUGUACCACUGCCAGAAAGCACUAGCAGAACACUGAAGAUCCAGACUCUACUGAAAUCCACAUACACUUCCGAUGGAACCUCCAGUGAAAGUUCGAUAGCACCUCCUUAACAAAAAGAUUGUUCAGGUGUCUUGACUUGGACACAUUGUUCAAGCAAUGACUGAUUGAAAGCAAUACACAUGUAUUGUGUCGUCUUAUGCUCUGAAUAAUAAUUUUAAUUAUAUAAAUAUGUUUUUUUUUUUUUUUUGUAUGUUACUGAGCUGCAUUGUUGACAACUGCCAUAUAGUACAAAUUAUUUAUUGAUUUAAAAAAAUCCAGCUUGUGUUUUCCUAUUCUGAUUUAUUUGUUCUUCACUGGUUAUUUGUUAAGAUAAAGGAAAAUUGCAUAAUAUUGUUUUCACAAUUUAGGUUUAUUGGCUGUAGUUAUUAGUUCAGGUUGUAAGGCCUCUUUAUAGCAGAGAACCACUGGACAGAUUACUUUUCAAUCCAGGAUAUAAAGAUUAUAUUCUUAAAACGAAAUAAAAACAUCUUCGGAGAUAUGUAAUGUAGUAGACUACAAAUAUAAUUAUAUUAUCUUCUUAAAACAUUGAAGUCAACAUGAAAUGAAAAUUGACCCUUAUUAAUGCAUAUUCCUAAUGCCUGAUACAUCUGUCUUUGUAAUUUUUUAUCAAAAUGUACUUUUGCUCCGCCUCUUAAAUUACUUUUUGUUUGAUGUCACCAAGCCCUCUAACUUUUUAACCCCUCCCACUUGGACCAUCUGGCUCCUCUUUUGUUUCGUACAGACUCUUUGAGGAUCCAAUCAGUUCCCAACAGAUCAAGUCCCAACCCACAUUUUUUUUUUCCUGUUUCAGUCACAUUAAGCAAUAUGUCACAUUAUGCAAGUAAAAUGGGUUGCAAAUGCGUUUCAUGUUGACUUUAAGGUGAUUGGUUUUGGACACAGCACUACAGAGCACAUAUAAACCACAACAAAUGUAAACACAAUGUACAGUAUGCAAUACUAGGCUACUGUCUCGUACUGCAGAGGUCAGAAUUGACUGUAAAAUAGGUUUGAUAGCUGAAUGCCUAUAUGUUGUUAUAGUUCUGUAGAUUAGUACAGUGUAAAGGUUCGUGCACAUUACACAACUGGUAAUUCAGGAGUUUUGCAUUAGUCAAUCAACUGCCAUUGAGAUGAAUGGGAAUGCUAACAAGUUAGCUCUCUUCAGAUAUUACAGACCUCUUUAUUCUAAGCCAGGGGUUUUCAAACUUUCAUGACUGGUCAUUGUUCACGUUGAGUGUUUGUUUUAAUGUGUUCUUAGUUUCACGUGUUUUAAACGGUCAUUUGCAAGCACAUCAGAACAUACGUGAUAUCACACACGUGAAUUUUAUACUUCGUUUUGUAUAAUCUUUUUCGCUUUUACUUGAGCAUACAUAUUGGUAUAUGCCUAAAAAGUUUGGUUCGUGAACGAAAAUGUGGUUUUGAACAAAUCUUUUAAGUGAACACUUCCAUUGUUUCAUUCGUGAACGACUCAUGAAUAAAGUUCUCAAACAUACUCAAGUACGUGAACGCAGACGCACCUUGCUACGCAAGCUCGAUUGCAUUGUUGCGUUGUGAAAUGUGUCAGCGCUCAAUUCAUAACCCAAUGCAAGUACGCGCUGCAUUCUCAGCGUUGCCACAAGGGGCGCUAGAGCGGAUUUUCUUCUUUCAAUCAACAACGGACUCGGGCAGCAAUUUGAGUUGAAUCUUUUCGAGAAAUAUAUACGACUUUUUGUCCCCAGUCCAUUCAGAUGAACUUGUUUUUUCUCCGUGUCUCUCCCCACUACUUAACUAUCGACUCAUCUACCAAAUCUGGGCCGAAAAUAUAGGCAACUGACUUGCUGCCUAAUCAGUUAAUGGCUUAACUGACAGCUAUUUCUGAACAGUUUGAAAAGCACCUUAUUUUCAUCCUGCCCCCAUAAACAGCCUCUGAAGUCUGCAUUUUCCUGGUUUCGGACGCAGCACUGGUUUUGUGGUCACAUCGGAAAAAAUAUAUUGCCCCCUUGUGGUCUGAUGUUUGUUACCACCAGAGCAACGCAAGAGUGCAUGUAAUGCAUGUACAACGGGUCACGUUUGUGUACUUGCGUGAAGUAUGUUUCAGCCUUAAAUGAUUACAUGAGUCAUUACAUAUAAUGUACAUUUUUUGCUACUCGCUACCUACAGAAUGCUUGUU